GCUGAAAUAGUCUUAGUCGGAAUCUUCACUUUCGUCGGAAGUCCUCGCAUCCGUCAUCAGUCUCAGCCGGUCGGUGAUAUGGAUAACCAUGGCCUACCGUCUCGUUUAUUUGCUGAUCGGGAAGAACCUGCUGGUGAUAGGGUCAAUCAGUAUUUCAAGCUUAAUACGAUUCGGGUUGUGUUGAGGGCUCUUCAGCCUGAAGAACUUGAACAAAUCCGUCCGGUCUUUGGGAAACUGCUUGAAAUGUACGCUAAACCUGUCUUUUCUGGCAAACUGACUCAUUUUUUGCUGACGCGGCAGUUGGAUGUGGUCAGACGGCACGAGAUCUGGGUUGUUUUUGCUGGGAAGCCGUUUAGGUUUUCCCUGAGGGAGUUCGGGAUUGUUACUGGUCUAAACUGUAGGCCUCUGCCGCCGCUUGAUCAGUCUUUGGUCAAGUGUCCGCCUGGUGUUACGCCUUACUGGUUCACGCUAUUUGGAGGCGAGGAGUUUGUCACCGCCGAGAUGUUACAGGCGAAGCUGCGGAGGCCGCGUGCGCUGACCAGUGAGUUAAGGGUUAAGUACGCAUGUCUUCUGCUUGUGGAUGGUCUUUUAUGCCGCCGGUCGUUUAACAUGAAAAUUCCAAAAGAACAUGUGGAGAUGAUUCGCAGCCUGGAUGUUUUUUUGAACUAUCCCUGGGGUCGCUACAGCUUUGACAUGACAAUGCAAUGCAUUAAGUCCAGGGCGGUUAAUCAAUUGGCGCAGGCGACUGUCGCCAUCCAAGGUUUUAUCCAUGCUCUACAGCUUGUUUUCGUCGAGGCUGUUCCAGAGGUCCUAGAUGCCGUUGGUGACGCGACGGAUCCUGAGUCUGGUGGUGAAGAAUUGUUUCCUGUAAUUUCGUUGAAGCUGGAUAAAGUCUGGGAUUUAGAUGUUCAAGAGGAGGUCCAAGUGCUGCCAAUUAUUCCUGCCAAUGAGGAAGGUGAUGCUGUUGAUGAGGGUCUUGCGGAUUGCAGUUGGUCGGAUGAAGUUGGCGACCCCAGUGUUGAAUUCAUGCUUCGACAGUUGGAGGAUGGGGUUGUGUUUAAGCGUGACAUGUUUGUAGGUGGUUUUAGAGGUCUCGCAGCUCCUGCACAGCCUCCUGCUCGUGUUGUCAAGAAAGGGAAACGCAAAUGUAUUGCCAAGUUGUUGCCUACAGAGAUGUCCAAUGGAGAGGCUUCUUCAUCUAAGAAACUGAAGAUGCGGUCACAGCGUACCAAGCUUGCCUGUGGUGACCCAAAUUCUAAGUUGCUUGCUGCUGUGUCCUCGCAAAUCCGAGCUGGUCUGAAAGAAUCUCAAUCUACUGUUUACGCUAACCUCUGUAUUGAUAUCAAAGAGAUGGAGUUGCGCCUCCAGCAAAGUUUCAAACAAAACGUUUUUUCUGUGGUGUCUGAAUACCUAGCUGCGAAAGACACUGUCAACACUGUAAUAGGCGAUGUUGGGUCUGGAGGAGGGCUUCCUGAGAACCAUAUAAACCAGGCCCCGGUUCAACCUCAACCUUUGGUUUCUGACCCUUACCCACCAAAGGCUUCUACUCCAACACUCCAAGGUGAAAAUGGCAGUUCGACUGCGGCUGAAAUUGCGGAUAAGUCAUCCGGUAGUGAUACUGUUGUGGAAUUCUCUGAACAACUCCCUGAUUCUGCUGCUGAGGCUGACUCUUCUUCUGAUAAGUUCAAACUGUUAAUCUCGCAUCUGGUCCCGACUAUGGAAUUCUCGGUUGGCGAAGGAUUAGUCCUUAAAGACAAAGAUGUUCUUAACAUACCCAUCAUUAUUCCACCAGACUCCCCCCAGGUCAUGGAUUCUUGUGUUCUUGUCAUGCGAGACUCUCUCUUCAACAAUGUUGAUCCUGCCUCUGACCCUAGAGCCGAGUUCAUGCGGUCUAACUUCCCUGGCUCCUUGGCUGUUGUCUAUUCUAAGUUUAAGAAGACUUCUCGGAAAGAAUUGUUUGAUUUUGAUCCUGAAGUUCUGGAUGCGGUCAUUGAUAGGUCUAAGCUUAAUGGUCGGGAGUGGAUCACUCACAUUGAUUGCUUGUACUUCCCGUUUAACAUCGACAAGAAUCGAUGGAUUGCUGUCAUGGUCAACUUGCGUAAUCAUGUCCUCACAGUCUUUGAUCCCAAUGCUGAUGCUUGCCGUGGUUCUCGAUUGAAGCCCCAGCUCGAUUUUAUCUGCGAGAUGUUUCCAUACUUCGUGCGUAAAGUCGGUCUCAAUGAUUUGAUGUCAUCGUUUUCAUUGGAGCCUUUGGCAUUCAACCGCGAUACCUCUGUUGUCCAAGCUUCUGUUCGUUCUAAUACUGGGAUCUUAUCUCUUCUGUUUAUAGAGGCGCAUGCCCUUGGUGGGUUGGAGAAGGUGUACCAGGUCAACGAGUCUGCUAUCCGUCCACGGGCUGAAGCCUUGGCGGUUGAGCUUUAUGAGCACUGCUGCGGUGAGCUUGGUGCUGACUAAGAGGCCGUAUCUUCUGCCUAUUUCUUCGCUUUUUAGCUUGAACUAUGUUUGUUAUCAUCGCUGUGUCCUUUUGAACAUUUCCCUUCGUCGCGUUGUUUUUUGGUUUUGCUGCUACUUAGUUUCAAUGUUGCGGAUGCUAUCCAUGUA